AUGGUGGCUCUUCUGGUUUACUGUCCGCCAACCUCGGCAGACACGUGUGACUCUUGUAAAACUGCAUAUGGCACACCCGCGGCCGGUGCGAAAUGCGCUGCACUGAAGACGUACCUGACCUGUUUGGAGACCUCUGCAAAGGGAGACGCCGGUUGUCCUCUACCUGCUGCUGACGCCGGGACAAUAGAGACGGAUUAUACCGCAGAUACUUGUAGUACAUCAUUUACGGACACCUGUGUUUGUCAGAAAGAAUUCUGGAAGACUGACCAAAGCACAGGUGAUGCAGCUGUUUGCAGUGCCUCCCAGACCUACAUCGCGUGCUUAAAGGGGAAGACAGCCCUGCCCUGUGAUGGCACCUCCACUGUAAUAACCCUAGCUACCGGUGUAGAGUCAAGGAUGAACGCACUAACUACUCCAGCUUGUGCUAUCACCGACACCUGCCAGUGUGAGAUUGACUAUGCUAAAGCAGACAUCUCCACUGAUGCCAAGAAGUGCACUGCCCUGACUGCUCUGAAGAUUUGCCUCUCUGCCAUCACCACCACUACCCAGGAAGGGUGUAGUGGCACCACCCAAGCCGAUCUUCUGACUGACACAAAUACCAAGAUAACUGCAGCCACGUGUGGAGGUGAACACGUGACUUUUGCAGUGACAUCACUGAUCGUAUCAGUCGUUGCGGGCAUGUUCCUGUAGCAAGAUAUUAUUUUUGUAUUGAGUCUUCAGUUUGCAAAUAUAAUAUUAUCUUUCUCAAGAUCACGAAUGUCUCUCUACUGUAUGUGAUUAUUUUGAAGUUACCAAAUCUACUUUUCAACUCUACUGUUGGUGUAUCUAUAUCCCAUUUACUUUUGUAUUGACACCAAGGUUGACCCAUGAGACCAUCUUCAGGACAGUUCUCAAGGAAUUAUCAAAACAUUCACUCCUUGUGUGAUCGCACUGUAUGACGUAUGCUUCUACUGACAAACAUGAUGUGAUCAUGCAGAUACAUUUUAGAGUUGAUUUAGAGUUGAUUUAAAGUAUAAUUAUGAAAUUGAAGUUCCAAAUUCAUUAAAUAUAUGUAUUGCACAAAGUUAUGAAGUUUGGUCACAUGUUUCAACCCUUGCCAUACGUCCGUUAGUUGUGUGUUGAGUUACCAUCGGUAACAGUUGGUUGUUCCACAGAAAUAAACGGUACGAGUCACUCA